GAUUUGAGCAGUGAAGAACAUGAUAUGUUAAUAAGUUAACUGAUGGAACUGUUUUGUGUAACAGUAGUAGUUUUUUUUUUUUUUUUUUGAGAGAGGGGUUAAUCUAUAAUUUCUUAUUUUUAUUUAAACGGACAAAGCGACAGAGAUGCAGGCGAAUCUAGAGAGCUCUGUCUCUUCUCUGGUUCGAUCCCUGUUUUCAAUACACCAAGCUAACGGUCGCAUUCCCAUCUUCACCUAAAAAUAAACCCACAAUAAACCAUUUCUAACCGUUACAUCUCGUCACUUUUCUCUCCUCUCCACAUUCCAUCUCUCUCUCUCUCUCUAAAAUGUCCACGAAUUCCUCUUUCUCUCUCAUCCUCUCCCUCAUCUUCAUCACCACACUCCCCUUUAACUCCCUUUCUCACACCCAGCAGCACCCCACCACCCUCAGACAAUCCACCUCCGCCCAAGACGGCGGCGUAGUGUCGGUGGAGCUCUGGUGCGUGGCCAAGAACAACGCCGAGAACUCGGCCCUGCAGUCGGCCUUGGACUGGGCCUGUGGGUCCGGAGGUUCCGAUUGCCGUCCGAUCCAGCAAGGUGGGCCCUGCUACGAUCCGGCCGACAUUCAGAGGACGGCGUCGUUUGCCUUCAAUGACUACUUUCUCAAGCAUGGCUUGACGGAGGACAGCUGUAAUUUUGACAGCACAGCCGCUCUCACCUCCCUCAACCCUAGUCAUGGUACUUGCAAAUUUCCGUCCAGUUUUACAGUGAAUAAUGGAAGCUUCGUUGGGUCAUCGACCACGGUUGGACUGGGGCCGUCUAGUGCGGAUAUGAACAGUGGAAAUUUCGUUACUGCCAGAUGGUGUUGGGCCUUAAUCACCAUUCAUUUAUUCUAUUUAAUUAAAUUGAUCUCAUGAGGAGGAUAAAGGUGGACUCUGUUACUUGCAUGUUGCCUAGAAUUGAGGCAAAAGCAAAGGUUUCUGUUGAGAAGAUAAAUCAGGUAAUUAGUAUCUGCUCGUGAAUUGUAUUAAACAAUUAUAUAUAUUAUAAUUAGUGAAAUGUCUUCUAAUAUAUCUGUUUGAAUUUGUGGUCCGUUUAAUUAAAUCAGUUUUGAUUCAAUUCAGUUUUGUAUAUGUAAUACCCCAUUUCAAUCUGUCAAAGAGGACUAUGACAGUCAAGGCCUAGGAAUCUUGAUGUCUCAUUUCUGUGGUUAUUUGUUCCCAUUUGAACCUGUCCAAGGGCUUUUUGACAAUCAUGGCCUAGAAUCAGGCCUUAUAGACCUAUCUGGCUUUUUCUUUUUGUUAUUUAUUUAAUUUUUGGAACUUUUGCAA